CAGAGCCCCCCUGGCAGCCCCAGAACCCCUCUGGCAGCCCCAGAGCUCCCCUCCCCUCCCCUCCCCUCCCCUCCCCUCCCCUCCCCUCCCCUCCCCUCCCCUCCCCUCCCCUCC